CGGAGCUCGAGAGCCGGAGGGGGCGGUGAUCAUGGACACGGAGCUGGCCGACGGGCCCGAGAACCGAGUGUCUCCCCAGAUUUCUUCCUUUUCUCAAGAGAAAAACACAGAACAAGGAGAGAUGGCUGCUCUCUGCCUCACAGCCAGACCCCAGACAUCACUGACUUUCAAGGAUGUGGCCAUGGACUUUACCCCAGAGGAAUGGGGGAAGCUGGAUCCUGUACAAAGGGACGUGAUGCUGGAGAACUAUAGAAACCUGGUCUCAUUUUGGCUUCCAGUGUCUAAACCUGAGAAGUACAAUUUGGAAGAUGAAAAAGAAGUACUGAUACUUGAGAGAAAAAUCCCACAAAAUGGCUAUUCAGGCUUGGAUAUUAGAACAGAGAGCAAAGAUCCAACUUCAGUGCAAGCUUUAUCCAAAGAAGAAUCAUACCAGUUUGCAGUAAUUGACAGAUUGGGAAGGAAUAGUGUCUGUGACUCCAACCUUGAAGAAACUCGUCACAGUGAAACUUGGCAAGAAAAUCAGGAACGACAUUUAAGAGAAGUAUUCACCCAUAUACACUCACUCCCUGAAGAUGCUCCUGAACAUAAUGUAUGUUGGAAAAGUUUUGGUCGUAAAACUGUCCAUCAGACUCAAGACAGAGUUCCCAAAGGAUCAUAUGUCUUUCAUACACUUGAUAAAAGAUUAAAACAGAAAUCAAACUUAAUGAAAAAACAGAGAACUUAUACAGAGAAAAAACCUCAUAAAUGUAAUGACUGUGGUGAGCUUUUUACUUACCAUUCAGUACUUGUUCGACACCAGAGAGUUCACACGGGAGAAAAACCCUACAGCUGUGACGAUUGUGGGAAAUCUUUUAGUCAUCGAGCUAAUUUAACUAAGCAUCAGAGAGCUCAUACUAGAAUUAUUUUUGAAUGCACUGAAUGCAAGAAAGCUUUUAAUGAAAGUGCAGCCCUUGCAGUACAUCAGAGAAUCCACAUUGGAGAAAGACCUUAUGAAUGCAAUGAAUGUGGAAAAGGUUUUAAUCGAAGUACACAUCUUGUACAACAUCAGUUGAUUCAUACUGGGGUAAAGCCUUAUGAAUGUAAUGAAUGUGACAAAGCUUUCAUUCACUCAUCAGCACUCAUCAAACAUCAAAGAACUCACACUGGAGAAAAACCUUAUAAAUGUCAGGAUUGUGGAAAAUCCUUUAGCCAUUGCUCGUCACUUACAAAACACCAGAGAGUUCAUACUGGAGAAAAGCCAUAUGAAUGUAAUGAAUGUGGGAAAACCUUUAGCCAGAGCACACAUCUUGUUCAGCAUCAGAGAAUUCAUACUGGAGAGAAACCCUAUAAGUGUACUGACUGUGAUAAAUCCUUCAGCCGAAGCUCAAAUUUUGCUAAACAUCAAAGAAUCCAUAUUGGAAAGAAACCAUACAAAUGUAGUGACUGUGGGAAAGCCUUUAUUCAUUCAUCAGCUCUUAUUCAACACCAUAGAACUCAUACUGGAGAGAAGCCCUAUAAAUGUAGUGAAUGUGACAAAAACUUUAAGUGUAGUUCGUCCCUAAUCAGACAUCAGAGAAAUCAUACUGAAGAACAAACCUGAAAAAUAUGUAAGUUCUUACUUAGUAUCUGUUAUUUUACAUCUGUCAUUUUACUAUGUACCUGAGUAUUUAGAAAAUGUGACUCUGUAAUACAUAGUUUUGAGCCAUAAUUGUGUACUAAUUAUGACAUCUAACUUCCUGAAAGACCUGUUUUUAUCCUCAUUCCUUCAAAGUACCUUUUGGUGGAUAUUCAAGAAAUCUGUGGGAAAAUGUUGGCAGUUACUAUUUAUUAAACCCAGUUUUCCUCUCCCUUUGUCACACAAAGCCCUAUUUCUUCUUACUUUGUGAGGAAGUUCUCUGCUAUGUAGACUGGAGGAUUUUUAUUCCUCUUAAAUUCUAAUCUGUAUCUUAAUUCUUUGAUGUUAUUCUGAAGUGAAUGGAUCUAAAUGCUAACUGUUAUUUUUUGUUAAGUCCCUUAUUUGUAUUGGACAGAUUAUUGCUUUUUUAUAGUCACAGUAUAAGGAAGAGACCAUUUCAUUACACUACUACUCUUACAGUCUGAGAAAAAAAAUCUCAAAUAUUUAGGGCCAAAAGGCAGAUAGGUUCAAUGUGUGAUAUUUAGGAUCACAGAAAAGAAAAAAAGCUGUGUGGCUGAAGGAUUUACCAUCUAGUUGGACAUGGAAGAAAGUUUAAGUAACAAGGACUCACUUGAAGAUAAACAGUUGCUUUCCAUAAAUAAAUUACCUUUUUCUGGCCUUUGUUUAUACCCAUUUUAUUUUUGCUGUGUUCUAUAAAUAUGUGUUGAUCUUUGGUAUAUAUGAGAGCCUUAAAGGAAACAGAAAAGGUAUAAAACCUACUUAUAUACUAAUAAAAAUUGCAUGGAUAACCAAAGAUUAUUAAUGGAAUUGGAAACAGUAAAUGCUCAAUAAAUAUUUAACAAAA